AUUUUCCCAAUUCCCUUGAUGUCACCAUGAGUUUUGUUAGCUAUCAACACCUUACAACCAUCAAACUCAUUGAAGCCAACAAGACAUCUUGUCUGGUGUACUACGAUAUAAACAACGGGACAUUCUCUUUUCCAAUAUCUUUCAUCUCCGCAGAUAAAACAAGCUUUGUUCUUAUCAAACUUUUGUUUUGGCUUGGAUCUUCCCCUGCCUUUAGAUUUUUCUCUCUAUUGAUUUGAUUUUCUCUAGUGUUUAAAAAAAAAUCUACCGUUUGUUAAAAUUUUGUAAGUAUAUUUUAGAAAUGUCAAAUGACACGUUUUAUAUAUUAUUAAAAUGUAGAGAAUAUCUUGGAAACUGUAAAACACCAUUUUUAAAAAGGUGUAAAACCAAAAUUUUUUCGCUGGUUGCCAAAUGAAAAGAGAACAAAAUCUUUUCACCUCGAAGACAUCAGAAACAAUAGUAAAUCACUCAAACAAAUCAGUUUAUACGAAUCUGCCAAGUUAAAUUGUCGCUUUGGUCUAGAGAGAAGUUUUUCUUUAUUUGUAUAUAUUAACUGUGUUAUGGACUUCUCCUUCUCCACGGAAACACACACACACAUCCCUAGAGGAAGAACAUGAGCAAUCUUCAAACUGUGUCGAAGCAACUGGAGCCAUGGUGUGAACUUAAAGACAAAGUGGUUCUUGUGACAGGAGCUUCCUCUGGUAUAGGAAGUGAGAUCUGUCUAGACCUAGCCAAAGCUGGCUGCAAGAUUAUCGCAGCAGCUCGUCGUGUCGAUCGUCUAAAAUCUCUCUGCUCUGAAAUCAACAUAACCGGAGUCCAAGCCGCUUCCCUUGAGCUAGACGUUUCAUCAGACGCAGCCACCAUUCAACAAGCAGUUAAAGAAGCUUGGAAAGUCUUCGGAAAGAUCGAUGCCUUGGUCAACAAUGCUGGAAUCAGAGGCACUGUCAAGUCUAGUUUGGAUCUAUCAGAAAACGAAUGGGACAAAGUAUUUAAAACCAACUUAAUGGGAUCUUGGUUGGUAUCCAAAUACGUGUGCAUUUUAAUGUGUGACGCUAAACAAGGUGGUGGCUCGGUGAUAAACAUCUCAUCCAUUUCGGGGCUCAACCGCAGUUUAUCUUACGGUGCAGUCGCGUAUGCUAGUUCCAAAAGUGGUGUUGACACCAUGACAAGAGCGAUGGCUAUUGAGUUGGGUGUUUACAAUAUUAGAGUGAACUCGAUCGCACCGGGGCUUUUUAAGUCAGAGAUCACACAAGCUCUUAUCCAGAAAAAGUGGCUCAAGAACGUGACCGACCGGAUUGUUCCAUUAACAGCGGAACAGACCGUGGAUCCGGGACUCACCUCUCUCGUUCGCUAUCUAAUUCACGACUCUUCCCAAUAUGUCUCCUGCAAUGUAUUUAUCGUUGACGCCGGAGCUACAUUGCCUGGUCUGCCCAUUUUCUCUUCUCUAUGAGUCCUAAAAUCUUUUUUUUUCUGCUAUAAUAAGUGAAAACAGUUUACACAUUAAGAGCAUCUAAAUAUUCAUAAGGUCUUUAAUUAGUUUACAUAUAAGCCUGCAAAUUCAGUUUAACCACCGUCCAUGUUUCUUACACUCUUAAAUCCCUGUCAAAUGAUCAAAAAUCCCAUUAACUCUCAUCAAGAAACUGAUAAAGUCAAUUAAGGAAAAAAAAAUGCAUAAUGACGAUCGUCUUUCAUUCACUAUUCUUAACAUAGCAUGAAUCUUUAGGUACUUACAAAAUAAACAACAACUCUGGUAGGAUAUAAAGAUCUAACUCCAAAUUUAUAUCCUACAAAAGAAUAUUAGAACAAGAGAUUGUAGUAUUCAGCUCCAGAUAUUUAAGUAAAUAAAAAUAAUCUAUGACGUUAUAUAUAACUAUACUUCCACAUGAUCAAGAUAAAGACAUGUGUUAUUACCACGAUGAUGAGAUGAUCCGUUUGGUUAAAGAGAGAUGCGACAUGUUUCAAGAAAUUCGGGUUAUUUUCUUGACGUCUUUCAAACAAGGCCAUCAAUCAAAUAAACUGAAUUCGGUCUAAUUGACUGUUUAUUUGGAGGAAAAAGAAAGAGUCCGGCUAUAAAGGGGGAAAACCUAGUUCGAAGAGUAGACAUUCAUAAUCACACAGAAGUCAGCACAAAAACUAGAUUUUAUUAAGCUUUAUUGUUCUUGCCGAGUUCUUUACUCUUGGCGAUUUCAUUGUUUUUCUCCAUGUAAUGAUUUCUUGUUCAAUCAAUAAACGUCUUUCAAAUAACUCAUUAUAGAAUCUGUGCAUACGUUUCGUAUGUACUGAUUCAGAUUAAACAAUUCACCCCGUUUAUGGGUAAUUAAAAAGAA